GCCGCAACGCUAUGUGCUCUAACACGCUACAAUCCGCGCUCAUCGCGGCCCGCUGCUGUGCGGCCGGAGUACCCAGAGCCCGCUGUGAUCACGAGGGCUGCGCCGUUGGCGUCGGAUCGCGUUAAUUGUUGACUUUUAUGGUGGAACACGUCGAGCAGGGGGUGGGGAGACAGGUGGCGUCGCGCAGGUGCGGCCCGCGUCCGGCCCGGGGCCGCAUUCGCAGCGCGCGGAGGCGCGGGUUCGCCGCUGCGUGCGGCUGCCCGCCUCGUCGCGCUAAUGGAGCCGCCGUGGGAGCUCGAGCUCGAGCUACGGCGGCACAUAGAAACCUGCGCUUGCACCUGCGACCACAUGGGCUACGGCAACUACAUGGACUAUCAAAUGGCGCCAGCGGCGCAUGCUUGCCUAUGCCGCGCGAUCACCUCGCCGCACGCCCACGCUGCAGUGCCCGAAGGCAUGACUUUCCCUGGUCCACUACCAGAUGUAGCGGAGCGGUGUGGUCGAUGGGCACCGGAUUCAUUAUCAGCUUCGGCCUCCGGCAGUUCAGAUGAAAAACCCACACCACGUCGACCACGCUGGCGUAUUGCUCUCGCGGCGCUGGUAGUGCUGGCCGCUCUAGGCGCCGCGCUAGCGUUACCGCUCGCUCUGGGCGGCGGUGGUCGAGCCACACCUGAACAACGUCUCACUACAAUACGCCGUAUGCUUCGUGAUUCACCACUAGUAGAUGGUCAUAAUGACUUAGCCUGGAACGUUCGAAAGUUUCUUCAUAACAAAAUUGGUGACUUUAAUUUAAGUGCCGGUCUGGAAGGACUAGAGCCGUGGGCGCGCUCGCGCUGGUCGCAUACCGAUAUCCCACGACUAAGACUGGGUCAGGUCGGUGCACAAUUCUGGUCGGCAUACGUACCCUGCGGAGCGCGGGAUAGGGACGCCGUACAGUUAGCACUGGAACAAAUGGAUGUUAUUAAACGUAUAGUAGAAAUGAACGCUGCACAUCUCGCACUUGUAACAGAUGCGACGGAACUGCUUGAAGCACAUCGUGAUGGCCGUAUUGCCUCAUUAAUUGGCGUUGAAGGUGGACAUGCGCUCGGUGACUCGUUGGCUGUGCUACGUGCUUUCUACCAACUUGGGGCGCGCUAUCUCACCGUAACCCAUACGUGUGACACACGGUGGGCUCGAGCAGCUGGUACUGCUGGUGGUUUAACUGAAUUUGGAAAAGCAGUGGUUCGUGAAAUGAAUCGACUUGGUAUGAUUGUCGAUUUGUCACAUGCAGGUGAAGAAACGGCGCGGGACGCUUUAGAGACAUCGCAGGCGCCAGUUGUUUUUUCUCAUUCAGGCGUUGCAGCAAUUUGUAAUUCAACACGAAACGUACCAGACGAGUUACUUCGGAUGAUUGCAGCAAAUGGAGGCGUUGUGAUGAUCAAUUUUUAUGCUAAAUUAGUAACUUGCGGCGAACGGGCCACAGUAGAAGACGUGGUAUCCCAUAUAAAUCAUGUACGGCGCGUGGCCGGCGUGGAGCAUGUGGGUCUCGGGGCCGGAUACGAUGGUAUCGACGCGCCGCCCGAAGGAUUAGAGGACGUGUCACGAUAUCCACAUCUUUUAGCAGAGCUACUACGAGAUCCGAACUGGAGCGAAGAUGACGUACGCAAAUUGGCUGGUAUGAAUGUAGUGCGCGUGUUGCAAAAUGUAGAGCGCGUGCGUGAUCAGUGGCGGCGCGCGGCAGUGCUGCCCGGUGAAGAAACGGCGGGAGCUCGCCGCGGUGACUGCGUAUACGGGACUGCGUGACGCAGGCUGCGCGCCGCUCUCCCGCGGCCCUCCUCGUACUGCUCAAUAUUGACACUUGUUGAACGUAGUUAUACUUGUAUAUUAGUGUCCAAAUGUGAUUUAGCGAUUAAAGUAAUAUCUACCUGACCUCAAUGCACAAAUUGUUUGGCUAAGGAACCGUACGCGCUGGGCGAUUCGUCUCGGCGUCGAUCGCGGUCUGCCCGCUGAACUCUUUUCCAUCCAUGCACACGACUUCGUUGAUGAAAGCCCAUGCGAUCCGUGAUUUAUAUGAUGUGAACCAUUGAUGAUAUAAA